GUUGCGCAUUCGUUAGUAUUCGUUCGCCAUUUGAGUUACGAACGUCGUUGUGUUCUUGUCGUCUUUGGCGAUUUGCUUAAGAGUUGCUUUUGAAAAAUGUCUGGGCAGCAGCCACAACGUGCACGCGGCCGUGGUGGUCGUGGUCAGCAGCGUCCCCAAGGUGACGGUGAUGCACCGAGACAAUGGGGACCUAGUCGAGGAAGGGGAGGUCCACGUCCGGGCCCCCCUCAGGGAGGUGGUGCUUGGGGUCCGACACCGGGAGGGUCUCAACAACAACAGCAGCAGCAACCAGCGAAUGCCCCAACCUGGGGCCCACGUCCGGCUGGAGCUUGGGCACCAAGGCCACAACAACAACCACAACAAGGAUUUGGACAGCAAGGUCAUGCAGAUGCGGCAUCGGUUCAAUCUGCCGGAAGAGCCGCCCGAAGAGUUGACGAAAUACGUCCGGGUGAACAACAGGUUGCUAUGCAGGUUGGUGGAGGUGGAGAUGUUGGCACUGGGAUGGCAACAAAACGAGGCGGUAUUCGUGGAAGGAGAGAAAUCAAAGCUGUGGAUAUCAUGACGACAAAACCCACAACCAUUCAAGUGAAACAAGCCACUGAUGGUAGUAAGAUUCAGUUAGCUUCCAAUUUUUUUAAAUUGGAGAAAGUACCGGAGUGGACCUUGUACCAAUACAGAGUUGAUUUUGCGCCUGAAGUUGAUAAUAUUAGAGCACGCAAAGGUAUGGCUCGUACCGGGUUAAAGGAUCACCUUCCUGCUCAUAUAUUUGAUGGCACCAUUUUGUAUUCAUCUAGAAGGUUAAGUAUGGACCCAUUUGAGGUGUUCGUGCAAAGUAAUAAAGGGGAAGCUAUAAGAAUCACCUUACGCCUUUGUCAAGAUGUACGUCACUAUGAACCUUUGAAUAUUCAGAUUUUUAAUCUGAUCAUGAGAAAUUGUUUACGAUACCUAAACUUACAAUUGGUGAAACGUAGUUAUUUUGAUGCUGGAGCUGCUCAAAAAGUAGAAAACCACCGAUUUGAGGUAUGGCCCGGCUAUGACACGUCCAUUAGACAAUAUGAGCAUUCAGUGAUGAUGAAUGUAGAAAUAAUCAGCAAGUGUAUGCGUAUUGACACAGCCCUUGAUUUCCUCAAUGAGUGUCAUCAAAACGAUCGGGGCAAUUAUCAAGACAGUUUUGCACGAGAAAUAAUUGGCAGUGUUGUUAUCACCAAGUAUAAUAACAAGACUUAUAUGGUUGAUGACGUUGAUUGGACUUCUAAGCCAACGAGUCGUUUUCAACGCAAGGAUGGGAGUGAAAUUAGUUACAUCGAAUAUUUUCAAACGCGUUAUAAGGAUCUUUGCAUUCGCGAUAAAGGCCAACCUAUGCUGGUAUCAAGAUCAAAAGCAAGGGAAAUACGAUCUGGAAUGCCAGAAACUGUUUAUCUUGUGCCAGAACUUUGUACAAUGACUGGCUUGACCAACAGCCAGAGGUCUAAUUUCCAAUUCAUGUCUGCAUUAGCUAAGCACACGCGAAUUAGCCCUCAGGAUCGCGUUAAUAAAUUAAGAGACUUCCAUAAGAGAUUGGCUAGUAAUCCAGAUAUUCAGAGAGAACUACGGCAAUGGGAUAUUAAAUUUUCCAAUGAAUUGGUCCAUUUUGAAGGUCGAUGUCUUGCGAGGGAACAGAUUAAAUAUCAUUCUGAUAGUAUUCCUGCUGCCGAGGAUGCCAGUUGGACUAGAGAUUUGCAAAAACAACGCAUGUUAUAUGAGGCUCCACUAACUAAUGAGCAUGGUGGUUGGGUUGUAAUGUGUACCAGACAUGAUGUUAGUGAUGUGAACAAAUUUAUUGAGUGUAUUACACGUGCAGCACAUGGUAUGGGUUGGCGAAUUCCUAAACCACGUGACGUUGUGGUUACAAACGACGACCGUACAGGAACACUCCUUGCUCAUCUCGACGAAAUCAUCACUCAUGCCAAACCACAGUUGAUUUUCAAUGCAAUUAGUGGGAAUAAGCCUGAUCGUUACAAUGCUAUUAAAAAGAAAUGUUACGUAGAAACUAGUACAGCUAAUCAAGUGGUGCUUGGACGUACUAUGAAAGGUAAAGCAGCGAUGUCUGCGGCUACAAAAGUAGCUAUCCAAAUGAACUGUAAACUUGGAGGAGCACCAUGGUCGGUAUCUUUGCCACCCGAUACUAUGUUCGUUGGAUUCGAUGUAUGCCAUGAUCCAAAAGAUCGUACGAAAAAUUAUGCGGCGAUGGUUGCUAUGUUAGACCAGCGUGGUACACAAUAUUACAGUAACGUACAGUCACAUUUUAAAGGAGAAGAAAUCUCCAACUAUUUUGGCACAGCCUUGGCACAGGCUAUGAAGUCUUAUCAGAAACUCAACAAAGUACCACCUGGUAAAGUAGUUAUUUAUCGUGAUGGUGUUGGUGACGGUCAAAUUCCUUUUAUUUUGGAACAUGAAGUUGAUCAUAUUAAAAGUGUUCUGAAAAGAGUAUUUGAAAAUGCUGAGCCAAAAAUGGCAUUUAAUAUUGUGACAAAGAGAAUAUCAACUAGGAUGUUCUCAACGGAUAGAACUGGUAGAUACUUUAAUCCACCACCAGGAACUGUGGUAGAUGAUGUGGUGACUUUACCAGAAAGGUACGAUUUCUUUUUGGUGAGUCAAUGUGUACGUCAAGGCACAGUAACGCCAACGUCAUAUAAUGUAAUACAUGACACCACAGGUUUCACCGCGUCACAAAUGCAGCGUAUGACUCAUAAAUUGACACAUAUGUAUUUUAAUUGGUCAGGAACCAUUAGGGUACCAGCUCCAUGUCAAUACGCUCACAAGUUGGCGUUUAUGGCGUCGCAGAACCUCCAACGUGCCCCGAAUGCGGGCAUAAGUCACACAUUGUUCUACCUCUAAACCUUUCAUACUUUUAUAAUAUUUUGUAUUACGUUAGUUAUUAAUACCCAGCAACAUAAAAUGUCCAAAUAUU